GUUCAAUUGUAUACAGAAGUAAAUAUCUACUCCCAUCAAAAUGAACUAGCGUCAGCGAAGUGUGACACACCCAAUACCCACUGGGCGUAAAAAUCUUUAAUGGACUUACAUUAAGUUGUAUCUCAAUAGUAACACUAUCGGCUAUUUACACUCGUAUUUUGGAAUUUAAAGCUGAGUAGAUUUUCGAUACUUGUCCCUCCAAACCCAGCGUAACUCAACUAUCGGGGAGGGGAACAAAUUGAUUCAACACAUAGCAACUAUAAUGAACCUUCAUUAGCGUUUCUGAAAUAUUGAGUAAAUCAUGGCAUUGACAGACGAGCAGAAGAUCAUCAUAGGAGUAUGUGUGGGCGUGGCCGGCCUUAUUCUUAUUGCGAUUAUCAUCUUUAUAGCGUGUCUCUUCUGUGGCACAAAACGGAAUAAACAUUAUAAACGUAGACCAUACAAGGAUCGCAUAAUUCACGAAGAGACAAUCUUCGACGACAGACCACCAUACACUGUUUAUGAAAAGACGGUUCCACCUCCCUUUGACGUAGGGUACAGCCGUCAACCACUUCCAAUUCCACCUCCGCAACGACUUCCGCCUCUUCCUCCCCCGCAAACGGAAGUAUACUACCAGAAGCCACGCUCCCUUGACGUGGCGCGUUAUUACGACUCUUUCGACCGCCGCGGUGAUUAUCCUCCUCAGAAGCGAUAUUACAGCGAUAAUCGAUGGGACGGUGUUUUCCACAAAGAGCCGAUUGUAGUUCCGGUCGCAGCACCCGAAGUAGUGUACAAUGACGCGCCUCGACGUGAACAGGACGUGAUCUACCUAAAGUAUGUUGACGACCAAGCCCUCCUGCCACGGACCAAUACUUACCGACGGUCAGAGUACGGUUAUGGGGGUGGGGCGUUGAGAAGAACGAGGAGUCAUCACGACCUGCGACGGUCCGCGUAUGUCGGGGAGUGGCAGAGACGACCGGAACCUGUGGACGCAUUUAAUGAAAAUGCGUACCAGGCCGGAAGAGAUCCGUUUCUAUGGUCUUAGAUGAAACAUAAGCUGGGAUACAAGGGAUUAUUUUGUAAAAGAAAUGCGCAGACUGUAUUGAGAGGUGAACGCAAUAAGGUUGUAAGUGCCAUGAAAUAAAGAAGCAGAUAUAACCUUUUAGCUUCCACCUCUCGGUAAGGUGUCGGUAUGAUGUGUUAAAAGUAUGUGUAAAUGCCGAGCCAAUCGGAGCACCACGGCCAUUUUCCUGCGAAAGUUACUUCUGAUGUAUAUGGACGGUUAACAAUGUCAGCAUGAUUUCAUUUAACUAGGCUCCAAGAAGAUCGCGCAGUUAUUUCAAUUCAGCAGUUAAGCAAGGGUGCAAGUCUAAGGAAUUGUAAUUAUUAAUGCAAUAAUACACUUUACUUAGUAAAAAUGCGAGUUAAAACCCUACAAAUAAUUGAUAUUAUUAUUAUUAUUAUUAAUAUCAAUUCUACACACUACUUUUACUAAUGAAACGGCAUGCAUCCGAGGUUCGAUAUAUGGCGGACAUGGCCGAAGUGUUCCGAUUUAUGCCGAACAUUAUGUUUUGUUUGCAUAUUUAUAUAUUACUGUGUUAAAUAUUGUAAAACAUUUUACAAGCCAAUAAUUGAAGAACAAUCGUCGAGGUUUCGUCCUACCUUUGGUGUCGAAGUUGUUGUCGCCUGCGCGCAAGCACUUUAAUGUUAACCAGUUCCUAAAUCCCGUUAUUAACGUAUUACAGUUCAACCCCUUUGGCUCGAACUCGCAGGGACCGGCGAAAAUACUUUGAGCCUCGAAAAAUUCGAGCCAUCGAGGAAUUCGAGCCAAGUGAGUUCGAGGCAACGGGGUUCGACUCUACAUGAAAACAUGAUACACUGUACAUAUGUGCAUUUUGACAAGACAUCCAUGCGCGGCAUCGCCAAGUCGCAUAACUCUGGCUAUUGUGUACGUCGAGGUGUAUGCCUUGCUCGACCAGGCAAAAACAGACGGGCGAUAGCCUCCGAUUGAGUUGCUCUUGUUAUCAACAUACUCCGAUUCAUAUAUACAUGUACAUAUUUAGAAUACAUGUCCAUGUAUAAAUAUUAAACAUGUGCUAUUUUUGCUCUCUCAUAUAUCGUAUGCAUGUAUGCAUUCGUGAAAGAAGAACAGCCGUUGUAAAGUGCUUGAUGUAGAAGUAUAUUAGUUAAAUUAUUUAGCCAUAUCAAUAAUACAUGUGUUUGCUGCAUUCAAAUGUUAAAUGACAACAUGCUCGAAUAUUGUAAAUGAAACUGUUGCAAUUCGUUAAUCAAAACAUUACUUGACCAAUUAUAGGUUCUUAAAGCUUUCAUUAACGUCAUUUGAUUGACAGUUGACUGACAGCUGCCUUGCACCUGAUAUGUUUGAAUCGUAUUUGUACUACAUUUCAUUAUCGAAAGUUGCAGAACAAGCUGCCAACAUUAUUGUACAUUGAGAACGCGUUCUUUUGCCGCGCUAUGAAGUGCAUGUGCCGUGUACUACCUAGCAACGCACAAACCAUGUCAGGCGUCAGGCACGCACUAUGUUAAAUAAGCAUGUAUAAUGAAAACAAGAUGUUGUAUGUUAACUAUGUGUGACUCAUUUGGCUAAACGGGCAUUCUACCGGAGAAAUUCUGAUUUACUUUUAUAAAUCAUUGACCUUUUUGUAUUCAUUGCGAUUAGUUAAGUUUAACUUAUCUACAUUUUUGCCUCUGACACAUGUAGCGAAUUUGGCAUUUUAUCAGAGAAAUUCUUUGUAAGAUUUGCAUCUGAUUCAUCUUUAUAAAUCAUUGACCUUCUUGUAUUCAUUGCGAUUAGUCAAUUUAUAUUCAUCUUAAUUUUAGACUGCGAAAACGUAAAAUAAAGACAACUUCAUGAACUUUUUUUUAGGACAAUUCUUGAUUGAAAGAAGCAACAUGUGUGUCAUUAGAAAAGCGUGAAUGAAGAGCAAUCUAAAAAGCUUAAUUUCUAAGUGAAAUUGAAUUAUUUACUAUAAAUAAACCGUUUUCGUAAUUCAAAUUAUCAAAACAUAGUGAUAUCUUAUACUAUGUUUGAUUUAUAUAAAACACUUCAGUAUAAAAUUGUUAUAAAUAUAAUUCGCCAAAUUUACUGCUUAUGUACGUUUGUCUAUAUUUAAUCAACAUGUCACUAUUUUGUACCAAAUAAAAUAUUGAUUAACUCUC